ACAGUAUAAAAAUUGGAAAUUUGAUAAGAGAAAGAAAGAAAGUGGAGCCUUUUGACCGAGCCCAGCCGGCAAAAGCCGUCUACGAGACUAUAAUGCUCUUUUAAUUUCAUGAAUACGCGUUGGACUUUUCUGCUGUUCUUAAAGCCAUACCCCCCAACUUCUUUGUUAUUACGCUUCUGAUCUAUCCCUUUCCUUACGCUCAAUUUGAAGCUCUACUGCGAGGUAUAUUCAAUCGCCACAAUCCCAUACAUUGCUUUCCUCUAUUUACUUUUUAUUUUUCAGAAGGUUUUUAUCUUCCAAGUUUGCCGCUCUUUGUGCCGGGUUAUUGGAGAGUUGCGUGUUUGAUUGAAGUCAGUGACCUUAGAAUUUGGUCAGUUUGAAGAUUUCAAAGAGUUGGAUAAAGCUUGAGUUUUUGGAUUCAUGGUCAGUGCUUUGACAGAUGGUUAUAACAUAAUAUGGGUAUGAGCCUAUGGGCACAAGUUCAAUUUUUUCCUUUUGGACAAAUAGAAUUGGUUUGUAACUGCGCAUGAAUCGUUAUGAAGGAGUUGAUCGAAGCAGAAACUUUAGCUUGUGAGCACCUGAGCUUUGCUUUUGAAGCGUGAAAUAGUUAUAAAUUAAAAUUAGCUAAGCGCAACAUGGGCUGCAUAUGUUCCAAGACAUCAGCUGUGGAAGACAGCCGAGAAGACUUGACGAGGAAAUCAUUAUCUAGCAAGAGAGGGUCAGAGCUGCGUGUUUCAAGGUUGAAUUCCUCCAAAAGAAAUGAGGGUGUUUGGGCAACUGAUAAAUUAGUUGGAAAUGAUGUGAAGAUUUCAUUGAUUGACAAGAAAACCAAUGGCUCAUUUCAGUUGUAUGAUGAUCGAAUGGGGAAUAAGGAAAUAGAGAAGCCUGAAUUAACUGUCCUUAACAAUCCCGGUCUUGGAAAGGUUCCAAAGGCUGCAGAAGGAGAGCAGGUUGCAGCAGGAUGGCCGAAUUGGCUUUCUUCUGUGGCUGGUGAAGCUAUCAAGGGAUGGAUACCUCGGAGCGCCAAUACUUUUGAGAAGUUAAAUAAAAUUGGACAAGGAACUUACAGUACUGUUUAUAAAGCACGUGAUUUGACUCAUCAAAAGAUUGUUGCUUUGAAGAGAGUUCGGUUUGAUAAUCUUGAUCCUGAGAGUGUAAAGUUUAUGGCAAGGGAAAUCCUCCUUCUACGCAGACUCGACCAUCCAAAUAUUAUCAAGUUGGAAGGCUUGAUAACAUCUCAGACCUCUCGCAGCUUGUACCUCAUUUUUGAGUAUAUGGAGCAUGACCUUUCUGGACUAGCAUCACGUCCUGGCAUUAAGUUUUCUGAACCACAGGUCAAGUGCUACAUGCAACAACUUCUUAGUGGAUUGGAUCAUUGUCAUAGUCGUGGUGUCCUCCACCGUGACAUAAAGGGCUCAAACCUUCUCAUUGACAACAAUGGCAUCUUAAAAAUUGCAGAUUUUGGGUUGGCAAGUUUCUUUGAUCCCAAUCAUAGUGUUCCAUUAACCAGUCGAGUAGUUACUCUCUGGUAUAGACCACCGGAACUUUUACUUGGAGCAUCUCAUUAUGGAGUUGCGGUAGAUUUGUGGAGCACUGGUUGCAUACUUGGGGAACUAUAUACUGGCAGGCCUAUAUUGCCAGGAAAAACUGAGGUUGAGCAACUGCACAGGAUUUUCAAGCUUUGUGGAUCACCAUCUGAGGACUAUUGGCUUAAACAACGAUUGCCACAUGCUGCAGUAUUCAGGCCUCCACAUCGGUACAGACGGUGUAUUGCAGAAACAUUUAAAGAAUAUCCAUCUGCUUCAGUGAGGCUCAUAGAGACACUACUUUCUGUAGAUCCUGCACAACGAGGGACCGCAGCAGGUGCCCUAAAAAGUGAGUUCUUCACUACUGAGCCCUUUGCUUGUGAUCCAUCAAGUUUACCAAAGUAUCCUCCCAGCAAAGAGAUUGAUUCCAAAUUACGGGAUGAAGAAGCCAGAAGGCAAGGAGCUAUGGGAGGAAGGGAGCAGAAAGUUGGCUCAGGAGUUAGAAAAGAAAAGGAACCUGGGUUAACUGUUUCAUCAAAGCAAUAUGUUGACCCCCGUAUAUCAACGCAGGGACAACGUUCCAAUUCAAAGAGCCGAAGUGAAGUGUUUAACCCCCACAGAGAACCUGUUUCUGGAUUUUUGGUUUAUCCCCCCCAAAAACAGUCACAUGUUAAAGAAAUGGAAAAUAAUUUCAGUGGGCAUCUUUAUAAGAGGCCUUCACAUUCAGGUCCACUGGUUCCGGGUGUUCAAUUAGCAAGGGGUGGAAAGGAAUUUGAUGAAGGGCCUCUUGGUUCGAACAGAGUCAACUUGGCCAAACUAUCUGGCUUAGUUGCCUCGAGGACUUCAUCAUCCGAAGAUCAGGAGGAAAAACCAAUUUCCAUGCUGCCUAGAAAAACAAUUGAAGUUAAAAAAUCCGUGGAGUCAAAUAAUGUAUCAGAGUCAAGAAGGCAUGAUAGGAAACGCCAGUCACCACGAAUUGCGGAUCUCGGUCAAGUAGAAAAUGCAAGAGGCUCCACUCAAGAAUUGACUCCGGGAGGCCGUGGCUACAUGGAAAACAAGAUCUAUCUCUCUGGUCCAUUGCUAGCUUCUGCAAACAACAUGGAUCAGAUGCUUAAAGAGCAUGAUCGAAAGAUCCAAGAAUUUUCAAGACGAGCACGAAUUGACAAGUCAAGAGGUGGGAAAAUUCGUGCUUUGAGAAAGUAGGCUCCAAUUAGUUAGUUAUUCACUUGUUGCCAAUUGUGCAGCAGAAUAUAUAAUUUAAUGACUAUAUAUAUACAUAUAUAUAUAUAUAUAUGCCUACAUUAUGUAGCAGAGUGCUUUACUGUAAUAUUUAACUACGUAAACUGAAGGCAUCUAUAAGAAGACAUUGAUGCUACUUCCUCUACUCAUAUUUUUCGUAUACAUACGCAACAAGCCAAUUUUUUGAAGCACCAUAAGAUCUUUGAUGCUUCCUCCAUA